UCACGCUGCUCCCUUUCUGUUUCCCUUACAGUGAAGGAGUUCCUAGCCAAAGCCAAAGAAGACUUCCUCAAGAAAUGGGAGAACCCCUCCCAGAACACGGCCAGCUUGGAUCAGUUUGAUCGAAUCAAGACCCUGGGCACAGGCUCAUUUGGGAGGGUGAUGCUGGUGAAAGACAAAGAGACCGGGAAUCACUAUGCCAUGAAGAUCCUGGAUAAACAGAAGGUAGUGAAGCUCAAACAAAUUGAGCACACCCUCAAUGAAAAACGGAUACUCCAGGCCAUCAACUUUCCAUUACUCAUCAAACUGGAGUAUUCUUUCAAAGAUAACUCCAAUCUGUACAUGGUAAUGGAAUACAUCCCGGGCGGGGAGAUGUUCUCCCACCUACGGCGGAUUGGGAGGUUCAGUGAACCUCACGCCCGGUUCUAUGCUGCUCAGAUCGUCCUGACCUUUGAAUAUCUGCACGCGCUGGAUCUCAUCUACCGAGACCUGAAGCCAGAGAAUCUCCUGAUAGACCAGCAGGGCUACAUCGAGGUGACGGAUUUUGGUUUUGCCAAGCGGGUGAAAGGCCGAACCUGGACUCUGUGUGGGACCCCGGAAUACCUGGCCCCCGAGAUCAUCCUCAGCAAGGGUUAUAACAAGGCUGUGGACUGGUGGGCCCUCGGCGUCCUCAUCUACGAGAUGGCAGCUGGUUACCCCCCAUUCUUCGCAGACCAGCCCAUUCAGAUCUAUGAGAAGAUCGUCUCGGGCAAGGUCCGAUUCCCGUCUCACUUCAGCUCAGACCUGAAGGACCUGCUCCGGAACCUGCUGCAGGUGGACCUCACCAAACGCUUUGGCAACCUCAAGAACGGGGUCAACGACAUCAAGAACCACAAGUGGUUUGCUACCACCGACUGGAUCGCCAUCUACCAGAGGAAGGUGGAAGCUCCCUUUAUACCAAAGUGCAAAGGCCCCGGUGACACGAGUAACUUCGACGACUACGAGGAAGAGGAGAUCCGGGUCUCGGUUACUGAGAAGUGUGCCAAGGAGUUUGCUGAGUUCUAGGGUCAGCACCCCCCAGGAGGGGGCGUGCGGCACAGGUGGGGGCGGGGUUGGAUUUUGGUUUAAUAGAUAAAUUAUAUAUUUUAUAAAUACAUGAGCGCUGUCAGGAGCGGAGGGGGGGGGAGCCCUGUGGCUAGCCCUCCCCCCAAAAUUCCACUUUCCCACAAAAAAGCUUGAGAGUCCCAUAUAGAGA